CGGGAUUACGCCGCCACUCCUGCUCAUCUGAUUGGACAAUUCACCGUCUAAUAAGACGCGGCAGUUCUGCUGUCGCUAUGGUGACGAACACUAAAGUCCCGCCUACGUUACCACGUGAUUGAGAUCUGGGUCUUGUUUGGUGCUCAUUUUCCUCAGUUACAAAUGACUGAACACACACCUUGUGUCCGGCUGAACACCGGAGCUCAGAUGCCCCUGUUGGGUUUGGGCACUUUCCGUUUGCGAGGACCUGAGGAAACUUACCGGACUGUGGAUGCUGCCUUAACAGUAGGCUACAGAGCCUUUGAUACAGCAGCAGUGUACCGCAAUGAAGCAGACAUUGGCCAGGCCCUUUCCACCUUGCUGCCCAAACAUGGGCUUUCCAGAGCUGAUGUAUUUAUAACAACUAAAUUAAGUCCCAGAGACCAGGGUUCCAAAGCCAGGGAUGGCUGUUUGAGAAGUCUGGAGCAACUAGGCUUAGAUUAUAUUGACCUGUGUCUCAUUCACUGGCCUGGAACACAGGGAUUGGAUGUAAAGGAUAAGCGAAAUCCUGACAAUCGAGCUCAAAGUUGGGCAACAUUGGAGGAGUUCUAUACAGAAGGAAAGUUCCAUGCCAUCGGAGUGUCGAACUACACGGUGAAACACAUGGAGGAACUGCUGAAUAGCUGCAGAGUCGUUCCAGCCCUUCUCCAGGUGGAGUUCCACCCCAGGUUGGCUCAGACGGAGCUGAGAGAAAUCUGUGAGAAAAACGGAGUGUGUUUCCAAGCGUACUCCUCCCUGGGAACAGGCGUUCUUCUCUCUGAUCCUGUGGUUCAGGAGAUGGCAGAAAGAUGUGGAAGAACCCCAGCUCAGGUACUUCUGAGGUGGGCCCUGCAGCAAAACAUACCUGUGUUGCCAAAAUCAUGCCAGCCUCACCGGGUGCAGGAGAACGCCUGCCUGUUUGACUUCGAGCUCAGUGAUGGUGACAUGGCAAAGCUUUCUGCUUUGGAUUGCAGUGAGAAGUUCUGCUGGGAUCCUUCACUGGUACUCUAGACUACCUCUAGUGUCAAAUUUACAUGGUUUGGGAUUUAUCAACUGUUUUUGAAUAUAUUGUUUAAUGUUUGUUUACAUUUUCAGCUUGAUUUAUAUACCAAUAAUACAGAGAUAUAAUCAGUAAUAUUUAUCAUACCACUACAUGCCAAAGAGUAAACCAGUAGAAAUUCAUUUAGAAUCUGACCUUUAGUGGCUUUUAUUUUCAUUAGAUUGCUAUUAAUAAUGAAUCCAUGAAAAUCUGUCAUAGGAUGAUCGAUCAAAAUUCAAAAUAAAUAAAAUGAUGGAUACA